AUGUAUUUUAUAAGUUUUCUUUUUCGAAAAUAUUCAAGUAUAAGUAAUAAAUUGAAUAUAGAGAAAAUAAAAAAUACUAAUAUCAUAAAUGAGGAAAUAACAAAUAAUUAUAUAAGCAGAAGACAAAGGGAAAAAAGAAUGAAGUUAGAUAUAAACAUAUAUGAAAAUUUAAAAAAAAAAAUGCUAGGAAAACCUAUAAAUAAAUUGCAAAAAAAAUACAUAAAUGAAAAGCGCCCCAAAUUUGCUCCAAUAUUUUUAGAUCAGUUAAAACCUAGAAUGACUUUAUAUAGAAAAGCUAUUAAAGUAAGUGAGCUACCUUUGCCUAAAUAUCCUGAAAUUGCUUUUAUAGGAAGAUCAAAUUGUGGAAAAUCUACUUUAAUUAAUGAAUUAUGUGGAAGAACAAAUAAAGCAAAAGUUAGUAAAUUACCUGGAUGCACUCAAGAGAUUCAUUUUUAUAAAAUUGGGAAACCAUGCUUGUUAUGUCUAGUUGAUUUACCAGGAUACGGUUUCGCUCAUAGUAAAGAAGAGUUAAGAUUACAAUGGAAUGAAUUUACUUUGUUUUAUUUAAAAAACAGGAAAAACUUAAAAAAAGUUUUUGUUUUAAUUGAUUGCAGAGUUGGUUUAAAAACUAGUGAUAAAGAAUUAUUACAUUUUUUUGAUAGAUAUAAUAUUAAAUAUCAAAUAAUUUUAAGCAAAUGCGAUUUAUUAAAUACGAAAGAUUUGGCUAUAAAAAUACAAAUUAUAAAUGAAGAAAUAAAAAAUUUUAAAAACAAAGAUAAGUCAAUUAUUCCAUUAAGUUCUCUUAAAGGGCAAAAUUUAAAUGAAUUGAGGAAUGAAAUUGCGAAAUAUCAAUUAAAUAAAACUAUUGUUAAAAAUAAUAUUAUAAUGAAGAUAAAUGAUUUAUUGGAACAAAAAAAAUUAAAAAAAUUAAAAGAAAAGGAAAGUUGUGAAAAUGAAAGUGAAUAUCAAAAUAAAAAUUCAAUUUUUUCUUCAAACAUUUUGGAAAAACACAAAAAAAAAGAAAAAAAUUCAGAAAGUAUUUCAAAAGACAUAUUAAUAAGUAAUGAAACUGUUUUUGAAGCAUUAAAUAGGUGGAAAUUAAAUGAUAAAAUUAACACAGAUAUUAAUUUUAAUAAAUAUAUGAAUCAUCAUAUUAAGUAUUUAAUAACUUUACUUCAAAAAAGCUUUUUAAAAAAUUGCUAUAGCGAAUAUAAUAAUAACGAUUUAGAUAUUAUAGAUAAAAUUAUCGAAAAUUUUGAUAAUUCGAACAAUGAUAAUAAUAAUCAAAGAGAUCUUUCUAUAAAUUACUCAGAAAAUAAAAGAAAAACCUAUGUAGAAAAUAAAAAGAGCUUUAAAAAUGGAAUAUAUAUGAAUUGUAAACAGAGUAAAUACAAGGAAGAGAUGAAGAUAAAAGAAAAUAAUAAUAAUAAUAAUAAUAAUAAUAAUAAUAAUAAUAAUAAUAAUAAUAAUAAUAUUAAUAUUAAUAAUAUUAAUAAUAAUAACGCUAAUUUAAUUAUGAAAAACAAUGUAAAUAACGCAUUAUCUGAAGAUAAUUUAAAGGAGAAAGUAAAUCUUAAGAAGUGUGAUAUAGUUGAUAAUAAUUUAAGGGAUGAAAAUAUUUAUAAUAUAAUUAGAGAUGAAGAUAAAAUUGACAAUAUAAAAAUAAAUAAAUAUGAUAAAUGCUAUUAUGAAACAAAAAAUGAGAAUUAUUUAUCAAAAAAUUCAGAAGAAGAAAGUAUUAUAGAUAAAUUAAAUAAUAAAAAAAUAUUUGAGUAUUCUAAUGAUUUUUCCUUAAAUGAAGCGGAUCCAAUAGAAAGUGUACUAUUUCAGAGUAGUUUACUUAAAUUUGAUAAAAAUAUGAAUAAUCAUUUUAAUUGUAUUCAUUCAGAAAAUGUAAAAAUGGACAAAUUAUUUGAUGAAAAUAGUAAAAAUAAAAAAUUAAGUGAUUGUUUUCAAGAAAAAAAUUACUCUAAAAUUAAAAAUGAUAUUCUAUUAGAUGAAGAUGAAACUUAUUCUCCUGAGGAUUAUGCAAGUGGUUUAAAAAAACCGAAGAAAUCAUUAAAAAAUGAUUCUUUAUACAAUUAUGAAUUUAAUAUAAAUGAUAAAAAUACAUAUUAUAUUUACGAAAAAAAUAAAUCAGAAGCUUAUAAAAUAUUUAAGAGUAAACAAUUAGAAAAUUUGAAUUAUGAAAGUGAUUUCAAUUCAUCUAAAAGGGAAAAACAAAAAGAUGCUUGUACAAGUAAUUCUUCUUCAAAUGUUAAUAAUUUAAAAGACAGUAAUGCUCCCAAACGUAAUAAUUCUUCUAUUGAAAAAGGCUUAGAAAAUAAAAUAGAAAAUGAUGAGAAAAACAUAAAUAUAAAGAAAAAAUACAUAGGUUUAAAAACAAGAAAUAAAAUUAUAAAAGGAACUAAAAAACUAAAGUUAUUUGGUAAAAAAAGAGAAAAAGAAAUAGUAAAUAUACCUACAGAUUUAGCUACUGAUUACUUUAAAUUAAAUAAUAAAUCUACUAUUUAUAAUAAAAAAAAGAACAGUUGGAACUAUAUAAGUAGCAAAUACAAUAAAUGGUUGAAAAAAGUAAAGAAUAAAAAUAUCUCUUCUGAAAUCACUGGUACUAUUAAAAAAGCAGAUGUAAUGACAAGAUAUGCAGAAAAACAAGAAACAAAAUAUAAAAAAGAAAAAAAUAAAUUAUUAAGGCAAAAGAAGAACUUAAGCAUGAUAACAAAACCACCUAAUCAUAAAAAAUAUAAAAAGAUUUCAAGAAAUUAUACCUUAUCUGAUGAGCAAAAAAUAUUUGAUAGAGAAGCUUUUUUUAAAUAUCGUGAUGUUCAAAAGUGA